UCCACCAUGUCCGGGUCGAGGUCUAACCCAGGCUCUGGACUUUCUUUCCUCGGCUCGCAUGGACAACAAGCUGCAACAUUCUCUCGACUUCCACCUGAAUUACUUCGGUCAAUAGCUGACCAGACGGCUCCCCCAGAGCAACGCGAACGCGCCUGCCUCUGUAGAGUCAACAAAUUCUUCAAUGCAGCGUGCACUCCUUCACUCUACAGCGGCAGAAUAUCCAUCUACAGGGAGCGUAUAUUGGAUAGCUUCUCCAACACCAUUCUCUUGUAUCGACCGGAGCUAGCUAUGCUCGUAAAGGACUUGUGUAUCGAUGCCGAUACAGGCGGUUGGGACAAGAACGACUGGUACACCGACAUAAACAGCUCAGUCCUCAUACGUGCAGCCAAGACAUUGGCGGCUUGCGUCAAUAUACAUACUCUGUCAAUCAUUGCUUUCUGCUACGAAGAAUUCAGCGACUUCUGUGCAUUUUUCGACCCCCUCCCGAUUAUCCCCGGCCUCCGACAUCUCAGAAUGCAGUUCUCACUGGACGUCAAAGUUUUAGAGUUUGUGAAGCAUCAUCAUUCCCAACUGCGCUCACUAUCCAUAAUCCACGUACACGAUGACGGGGACGAUGCACUUGCGACCGGCACAUUGCUCUGCUCUCAGUUCUCCAUUCCGCUUUCAAUGUCCCGCAUCGAAUGCUCCCCAUUCUUGGCACCUAUCUUUGUUCCAAACUCACCAAUCACCGAUGUUGGUCUGGACUGGCCACAGUGGGAUAUUGUCGAUGAUGUUGCGCCGAGGGCCGUAACGGCUCUCGCACGAUCGAGCACUCAGGUCGUUACAUUGUCGUACAACUCAAAAGCAUGGAAUAUCGAGUUCAUCCGACUUGCUGCGAGUAAUCUCCAUCACCUCGAGAGACUCUCGAUAGUCAACGAACUCGUCGUGUUCCCCGAUGAAGACGAAGAAUCACCAGACACCCUUAUUGCUCCUGUCCUCGAUGUGCUACGGGAAAAGCUCUCCUCUUUCAAGUCUUUAAAGGUCCUCCGACUGCAGUGGGAUCACCACAUGAAAGCUACCCAGCGUACCUACUACGACGAUUACAAACUUGUCCAAACAUGGGCCGCCCUUCGCCCUACACUCAUAUACUGUCUUUUACCCGGAACGGAUUCAGCCUGGAUUCGCCAUCCAUCUUACGGUUUCUUCGUUCCCGACACGAUACUCUCUGAAGACCGCGGCGGGCCACCUAAGUACACUCGCGAGUGGUUGCAUGAGCUGUUCGAGAAGGAGGGGCCGGACUUUGCUGCGACUUGGUUUCGUCAGUACGCCGACAUAAAGAAGGAUGGGAUUGCCGAUAUCGUCAGUGCUCUGGACGAGAGGGCGGUGGACUCAUAGUGUCAAUGAUAGUGAG